UCCUGCCCGAGUGAAAAUGGAAGUGGCACACUCUCCACUGGAUCAGGGCCCGGUGACCUUUGAGGAGGUGGCUGUGCAUUUCGCGGAGGAGGAGUGGGCUCUGCUGGAUCCGGCCCAGAGAGCUCUGCACAGGGAAGUCAUGGAGGAGAAUUAUGGGACUCUGAACUCUCUGUAUGGUGGGCAGGAAAGGCAAGGGAGAAGGAAAGCUGGAUCAGAACAACCAGGGAAGAUGAAUUCUGUCUGUUCCCAAGAAAUCCCACUCCCACAAGUGUAUCACAAAAGAGAAAAAGGAAAGACUCUGUGUUCAAAGCCGUCUAUCUUUAGCACAGAUCAGAUGAUCAAUGAAGGGGAGACGCUCUUGAUAUGCUCGGAGUGUGGGAAGAGCUUCAACCGGAGCACAAACCUGACUCGGCACCAACGGAUCCACACGGGAGAGAAGCCGUUUAAAUGCUCUGAGUGCGGGAAGAGCUUCAGCCAGAAGAUGAACCUUACGCGACAUCAGAGAGUGCACACGAGGGAUAAACCCCAUGAGUGCUCGGUGUGUGGGAAGAGCUUCAGUCAGAGCACAACCCUGAAAAUACAUCAGAGAAUCCACACGGGGGAGAAACCGUACACAUGCUCUGAAUGCGGGAAUAGCUUCCGUCAGAAGAUAAAUCUCACCAGGCAUCAAAGAGCACACGCGAAAGAGAAACCCUACAAAUGCCCCGAGUGUGGCAAGAGCUUCAGCCACAGCUCAAGCCUCAAUGACCAUCAGAGAAUCCACACGGGGGAGAAACCUUACAAAUGCCCCGAGUGCGGGAAGAGCUUCAGCCAGACCACCAGCUUUGCGUACCACCAGAGACUUCACUCUAGAGGGAAACCACACCAAUGCCCCGAGUGCGAGAAAAGCUUCAGCCAUUGCUCAAACCUUAAUGAACAUCGGAGAAUCCACACAGGGGAGAAACCGUACGAGUGCUCUGAGUGCGAGAAGACCUUCAGCCAGAAGAUAAACCUUGCGAGGCAUCGGAGGGUACAUACAGGGGAGAAACCGUAUCGGUGCUCAGAGUGCGGGAAGAGGUUCAGCGACGGCUCGAGCCUUAGUGCCCAUCAGAGAAUCCACACCGGAGAGAAGCCGUACAAAUGUGCCGAGUGUGGGAAGGGCUUCAGCCAACUCACCAACUUCACUUACCAUCAGAGAAUCCACACCGGAGAGAAACCCUACGAAUGCCCAGAGUGCGGGAAGAGUUUCAGCCAGAAGAUAAACCUUAUUAGACAUCAGAGAGUGCACAAAGGGAGGGCCUCCUGAGGACAGAAACAUCUUUGGGAUGCGGAAGGCACAUGAGAAAGAUAUGAGGGUGACUUUCCUCUCCAGUGAUUCACACAGAGGCAAUGUAUUACAAGCAGAGUGGAGCUUCUCUGGUUUUAAGAGAGAAUUCAUGAAGGGGAGAAAACUAAGCUUGGUGAAAAUGUAGAAAAAUCUGGAUGACUUUUGUUUUGUUAUGCUUUCCUCCCGUUCCAUUUUAUCAAAUAAAUCUUUCCUCCUAGUAAAUAUUCUAGCCAAGCCACCAGAGGGAUAGAUGAAUACUUACAAGUAGCCUUUAAUCAGAAAGAGAGGGAGAAAUGUAUCUUUCAGCAAUUAACUGUUUUCUAGCUAUGAUAUUGGAACUCGUUCUCUACAAUGCCAUGAAUCCUUUAAUGUGACGUUGUCACAGCAUGACAGUGGUUCCUGCUUGGCUGCCAGGGUUUUGAGAGAACAAUGGAUAUUGUGACAGGUCAAUAUGAAGAGGUCAACAACAACAACAACUUUAUUAUUUGUAUCCCGCCCAUUGCCCCAGAACAGGAUGGAAUGAUAUGAAUUGCAGGGGAUUGGAACAGAUGACCAUUUGGAUCCCUUACAACUCUACAGAAGAACUAUGAUUCUAUGAAUUUAUUAACUGUGGAUGGAGAGAAUUCCUCACUCUCAAAACACAAAGAUCUGGGCACACCGCCAGUGAGACUGGUUGGAGGGACAGCUCAAGGCCAACAAAGGUGAAACAGCUUCUUCACCAACCACACCACGGUCAAGUUGCAGGAAUCACUUCCACAUGGUUGUGAUGGGGACAUGUAGCUUAGACAUGUAGCUUUCUUAUUUUAUUAUUAUUUCGUACCAUUUAUACACCGCUUUGUAAAAAGCCUAGGAGUUGUGUGUUGUUGGUUUUUUU